UAUAGUCACCGCGAGAAAAGGCAAUGGUGCCCCUGAUAUGUUGUUAAAUGCCACGAUAGAUACACACAGCUUAUUAAAAACUUUGUAAUGUUUUAAGGUUAUGGAGGUAAUCGAGACAAUUGUGAUACAAAGUACUGAGGUGGAGGAAAAGGAGACGGUUGUGCCCACUGUGGAUAAAACUAAAGCAGAGUUCAUAUGGACCCUGCAGGCUACAUGGCACCUCGUCAACACCAGACUAGAAAUGGACCAGGCGUUUGAUCAGCCAGUAUGCAAGAAAAAGAAACUCUGGGAGAUGGUGGCGGAGAAAGUGAACGCCAAACUGAGAGAGUCAGAGGUCACCGAUGUCACCGUGAAGGCGUACGAGUGUGACCUCAAGUGGAGGAACAUGUUGGCCACAUACAGGAAGAACUCCGAGAGGGCCAAGAGGCUGGGGGCCACCAGCGUCCACUGGGAGUUCUUCAAGGCCAUGCACGAGAUCCUGGGGAAGAGCAGGGAGGAGGUCGAAGCCCAGCGGACGGCCAAGCUCAGCGGGACGAGAGUGGGCAAGGCCAUAGCCAGCAAGAGGUUCACCCCUAUCCUCCCAACGCCUCCUGUGACAGCUGCGUCCUGCACCGCCAGGCCUCCGCAGGACGUCCUACAGCUGUACAUGGAGCUGCAGGAGAGGAAGAUGAACAUGUGGGCCCAGCAGAAAGCUCUGGAAGAGAGGAAGAUCGAGGCUAUUAACAACCUGGCCCAGGCCAUCUCCAGCCUGGCGCAGAAGAACAGCACGCAGAUGUCAAAGGAUGGACAUUAGGCCUGAAGAGACACUGUUUUCUAUUACCAAAAACUUUUAUCAUAGUGCAUGAUGAAAACUGUUAGAGUGUUUGUUAUAAUGUUUUUAGGAUGGGUCAUGUUGGCACAUUUGAACUGUUACAGCUUUAAGAUUAUUUUGGCCAGUCUAAAACUUGAACUUAACUAGGCAUUUCAGAAAAUGAGACAUAUGACACACACACACUCACAAAUCAUACCCUGGGCAUCUUUUGUUUAUACUGCAAGCAGAUUACAUUCCUCAUCAUCUAGUCCUCUUAUGUUGAGGCUCCAAUGGAUGUAAUGUAAUGAUGUUUUAUUUUUAUACCGCAAUAGAAGAGUGGAUUUUGGUUGGAUGAACAAAAACAUUUUUUUUACUAACAAAUAAGAUUAAAACCAGGUAGCCUACCAUUGCUGCACCAGUUCUUUAUAUCAAAUAUCAACAACCUAUGCAAGAGCAGAACAUGUUAUUUUUUUAUGCAGGCCUCAGAAGUCAACAAACUGUAACGGAAAUGAUCACAACAUGAUUAUGAUUAUUGUUACAGUUACACUAAAACACCCAUUUUCAUGUAAAAAACAAUGCAGAUAUUUAUAUUUUUAAUUAUUCCCAAGAGGUAUCAGUAACAGUAAUCCUUGACACACUUCCAUUAAUGUAUUAAUAAUAUACACUUUUUCAGU